AUGAAGGUCGCCGCUUCUCUCGUUGCUGUCGCAGCUCUCGCUUCCAGCGCCUCCGCCGGUGUCGCCAGCACCUGGCUCGACUGGACCAGCAGCACUACCACCACCACGCCGGCCGCUCCCGCGAAGACCUCGACCACGACCAAGGCGUACACCACCUGGGCUGACUGGACCAGCUCUGCUAAGACCACGACCACGACCAAGGCACCCGUCGCUGCCUCUAGCACCCACACCUGGGCUGACUGGACCUCCAGCGAAGCCCCAGUUUCCUAUACUACGACCGUUGUAGGUGCCAUCACAACCUACUGCCCAUAUGCUACCAAGUUCACGCACGCUGGCAAGACCUACGAAGUCACAUCUGCCACAACUCUGACCAUCACUGAUUGCCCGUGCACCAUUUCUGUCCCCGUCUAUACCAAGACCUCCACCUCGUGUAGCAGUUCCGUCGCCGCCGUGUCCACCGGCACUUGGGCUGACUGGUCUUCCACCUCGGUCGCUGUCACCAGCUCUGUCUACACCCCCGUUGCGGCUGCGAGCACGUCCAGCGCCGCCUGGUCGUCCUAUGCCCCAUCCAGCGUCGCCCCAGCCGUCGCUACCUACACUGGCGCAGCCAACGCCCUCGUUGCCAACGUUGGCGCUGGUCUUGCCGGUGUUGGUGCUAUUGCUGCCUUCCUCCUGUAA